AUGGCUCGUACUAAGCAGACUGCUCGCAAGUCCACCGGUGGCAAGGCGCCGCGCAAGCAGCUGGCCACUAAGGCGGCCCGCAAGAGCGCGCCGGCCACUGGUGGUGUGAAGAAGCCGCACCGCUACCGGCCCGGCACUGUGGCUCUGCGCGAGAUUCGCCGCUACCAGAAGUCUACAGAGCUGCUGAUCCGCAAGCUGCCGUUCCAACGGCUGGUGCGCGAGAUCGCGCAGGACUUCAAGACCGACCUGCGCUUCCAGAGCUCGGCCGUGAUGGCGCUGCAGGAGGCGUGCGAGGCCUACCUGGUGGGGCUCUUCGAGGACACUAACCUGUGUGCCAUCCACGCUAAGCGCGUCACCAUCAUGCCCAAGGACAUCCAGCUCGCCCGCCGCAUCCGCGGGGAGAGGGCGUAAACAUGUUUUCUAUUUGAGUGCCAACCUUAAACCCAAAGGCUCUUUUCAGAGCCACCCACAACAUCAAAUCAGAGUUGUACCACAAGGGAUAAGGAUUACCCCUACUCCUAGAAAGCUGUAGCAGAGCGGAACUCCACCCCACCGUCGUCCUCUCCCUUCCUCCCCCAGCCAAGUAAGCCUUGGAGUUGUGUGAGAUGAGGAUCUAACUGUAUUCGCCUUCCAGUUAACUCUCCAGGUCUAGUUUUUUGUAAUUUGGAAUUAGCAUAAUUCUCCAUGUAGUGCUCGGCUUAGCACGUUGGCUUCUGUAACCCGGC